AUGGCUACAGCAGAGGCAGUAGCAACGGCGGUCGAUGAGCCUGCUCCGCGUCAAUUGGAACCAAGCGAGCUUGGCACUCGAUCAUACUGGGAUGAGUAUUACCAGAAUGACCUUGACCACGACGAAUCCGAGGGAGAUGAAGCGACUGCAUUGAGCAGCCAUACGGACCUGGAGUCGUGGUUUGAUGAUGUUGGCGCCCCUGCGAAAGUUCUACAAUAUCUAACCUCAGAGGCUUUCCCACUGGCUUCUCGGAAGACUAGCUGCACUGUGCUGGAUCUAGGGACAGGCAAUGGAAGCUCGCUGUUCAGUCUGUUCAUCGACGGAGGCUACACUGGAUGUCUUGUGGGGAUCGAUUAUUCUCAGCAGAGCAUCGAGCUUGCGAACAAGCUACAUGCACGGUACAGCCGUCUCUUCGCGACGCCCCAGCAUCGGCCGCCGCCGAUCAGCUUUCACGUCUUCGAUAUGGUCACCGACGACCCGCUGAUAGCAACCUGGUGGCCAGAAGAUGGGGAGGGCUUUGAUCUAGUCUUGGACAAGGGUACCUUCGAUGCAGUUUCAUUGUCUUCAGAGACCGUCGUGGACUCACAAGGCGUCGACAAACGCCUCUGUGAAAUUUAUCCUGGGAAAACUGCUGCACUCGUCCGUAAAGGUGGGUUCUUUCUGAUCACAAGCUGCAACUGGACUGAAGAGGAGGUUAUCGACUGGUUCACCACAGGCGAGAUGCAAGACCAGUUCGAAGUCUUCGGCAAGAUCAAGUACAAAACGUUCCAGUUCGGUGGCCACAAGGGACAAGGCGUUUCGACGGUCUGCUUCCGGAAACCUGACUAA